UGGUGUCCUUGAGGCCUUGCGGGGAUGGAUUCCUCCUGGUCUUCCUCGGGGAGCGGCGAGGGCGCGAUGGACCCCGAAUUGCAGCACUUCCUCCAGGUGGAGUCGCAGAAGCAGCGCUUCCAGCAGCUGGUGCACCAGAUGACCGGACUUUGCUGGGAGAAGUGCAUCGACAAGCCGGGGCCGAAGCUGGACAGUCGGGCCGAGGCCUGUUUUGUGAACUGUGUCGAGCGCUUCAUCGACACGAGCCAGUUCAUCUUGAAUCGACUGGAACAGACCCAGAGGUCCAAGGCGCUCUUCUCAGAGAGCCUUUCUGACUGAUCUCAGCCGAAGGUAGCUCAAGAAUUGAAGCUCAGUGGGUGGGAUGGUUCAGGCUUUGGUUGGGGGGAUUAGCUCUGGCCUUUUGUCCUUCUGGGGUUAUCUUGUUAUCUGAAGAUGAAUGAAGUCCACUUUGGAGGGGGGAGGGGAUAUGGGUGUUGUGAGUGUUUUAAUGCCAAUGUUAGGAAAGUAAAUGACAGACUACUUUGAAUGGAAAACUAUUAGAUGCAUAUUACCGUGUUUUCAAGAUCUCCUCAGCUACCACUUUUGAUAGUGGGACUGCUUCCUGUAAUUUGAUAGUGGAGAUCACAUAGUAAAACUUUGAAUUCACACUAUGUGUGUGAAUUCAUUUCAGAUUUUUAGAGAGAUCUUUGUCAGAAAAGGCAGCAAUGGGAAAAAUAAUUUGGCACUUAACUGUGAAAUUCCUUAUUUAGUGUUUCACUAUUAAUGGGGGAGGGGGGCACAACCCACUAUGGAAUGUCCAUACAGCACACUUUAGCUUUCUAGGUUAUCUCCUUCCUUACACUAUAAUUUAUCUAACUAUCUU